AGCAAUGCCGAGAAUGGGGACACCCGGCUUCUUCCCUGCACUCCUUCCCGCUCUCUUCGUCGUCAUAGGCCUGGUUGCUCUGCAAGGUGCCGUUUUACACGCCGGCGCCGCCGAUACGCUCACCGUCGACCGGCCCUUGGCCGGCAGCCGGAGGCCACUGGUCUCCACCCGUGGCCAGUUCGCGCUAGGAUUUUUCCAGCCAGGUAACACAGGGCGUUGGUACAUCGGCAUAUGGUACAACCAAUUACCGGAGCAAGUAUCCGUCUGGGUCGCAAAUAGGGACUCUCCGGUCUCUAGUCCCCAGUCGUCAAGCCUAACCAUUGCAGCGGAUGGUAAUAUGGUCAUCCUCGAUCAUUCAGGGUUGGUGGUCUGGUCUACCAACUUGACGGCUAUCACCUCUUCCACAGUUGCUGUCAUCCUCGACACUGGCAACCUUGUACUAGCACAUGCAUCUAACACCUCCAACAUCCUGUGGCAAAGCUUUGACCAUUGUGGCAACACGUGGCUCCCUGGCGGCAAGCUCGGCCGGGGCAAGCUCAGCGGCGGGUGCACACGUCUAGUCUCCUGGAAGACUUCCACCGACCCAGCACCAGGGUUGUUCUCCAUUAUACUGGACCCAAACGGCACAAGCCAGUUCUUCCUCAUGUGGAAUAGUACCCAACAGUACCAGACCAGCGGCAACUGGACUGGCCACAGUUUUGCUGGCAUGCCGGAGAUGAAUCCCAACAAUGGCUACCCCAACUCGUUGUACACAUUCGACUACAUCGAUGGUGCAAACGAGAGCUACGCCGUGUAUGGUGUCAAGGGAGGCGGGCUCAUCACAAGAUUUGUCAUGGACGUGACGGGAGUUAUUAAUGUCGUCAUGUGGUCGGACAGCGCCAAGGAUUGGUUAGUAACCUUGUCGAAGCCCCAUGCACAGUGCGAUGUGUACUCGCUGUGUGGGUCUUUCAGUGUCUGCACCGAGAAUGCAUUCUCAUCUUGUAGCUGCCUUCGUGGUUUUAGUGAGCAAUACCAGGGCCAGUGGUCACAGGGCGAUCAUACUCAAGGCUGCAGAAGAAAUAUUGCCCUUCAGGGCAGUAGCAACGGAUCGCGGAGUGAUAAGUUCUACACUAUGGUUGAUGUGGAAUUACCAAGCAAUGCACAAAACAUCGUCGCAGCAACUAGUAAUCGGAACUGUGAGUUUGCGUGUCUAAGUAGCCAUGACUGCACUGCUUAUUCAUUCAGCGGCAGCUGCUCACUUUGGUACAGAGACCUUAUCAACCUACAAGAUUUGAAUAGUGCUGCUACUGGUACUAAAGGUGGUUCGAUUCAAAUUCGUUUGGCUGCAUCCGAGUUCUCUAAUAACAAGAACACAAAGAAACUAGCCAUCAUAAUCACCAUUGCCACUAUCGGUGUUACACUAAUAGUUGCUGCUUCAGUUUUCCUGGCGAGGAAGAGGUUUAAGCAGGUGGCGCAUGUCGACGGCUCACUGAUUGCAUUCAGAUACCGGGAUGUCCAAAAUCUGACCAAAAACUUCUCCAAUAAGCUCGGAGGAGGCGCCUUUGGUUCGGUGUUCAAAGGGUUACUACCUGAAGGAACCUUGGUUGCUGUGAAGAAGCUGGAAGGAUUUCGUCAAGGGGAGAAGCAGUUCCGUGCAGAGGUGAGCACACUUGGCACCAUUCGCCACGUCAAUCUGAUUCGACUGCUCGGUUUUUGUUCAGAGAGAACGCGCAAGCUACUCAUCUACGAGUACAUGCCAAACACCUCACUGGACAGGUACCUCUUCGGGAGCAGCCAUCAACCGGUGCUAAGCUGGAGCACCAGGUACCAGAUCGUGCUGGGAGUAGCAAGAGGAUUACACUAUCUCCAUGAGAGAUGCAGGGACUGCAUCAUCCACUGUGACAUCAAACCUGAAAACAUACUGCUGAGCGACACCUUUGUGCCUAAAGUUGCAGACUUCGGGCUCGCAAAACUCAUGGGCCACGACUUCAGCCGUGUGCUGACGACGGUAAGAGGAACCAUUGGAUACCUUGCACCUGAGUGGAUAGCCGGCACGGCCAUCACUACCAAGGCAGAUGUUUAUAGCUACGGCAUGAUGUUGUUCGAGAUCAUCUCGGGCAGGAGGAACACAAUAAAGCGGCAGGACGGCACGGUCGAUUUUUUCCCGUUGCUGGCCGCGAUGAAGGUAACUGAAGGAGAGCUGGAAGGACUGGUGGAUGCCUUGCUGGACUGCGAUGUGGACCCAGCCGAGGUGGAGAGGGCCUGCAGAGUCGCGUGCUGGUGCAUCCAGGACGACGAGGGCGCUAGGCCGUCCAUGGCAACGAUCGUUCAGGCUCUUGAGGGGCUGGUUGAGGUCAAUGUCCCGCCGGUGCCGAGAUCGCUCAAACUCCUGGCAGACCAGACAACUAACGUGGAGUUCUAUUCGAAGCUACAAUCGGAAUGAGACUUGCUUCACGUGCUCAAUGAGAAUUACACCUAUGUAAGCAACUAAGCAUAUGUUUGUUCACCUAUCUACUUUACUGCACUGUAAAAUUUGAAGACCAAGAGGUGCUGCAGUCGUCAUCAAUAAAUUCACUAUCGAGUUAA